AUGGAGUGUCUUCCUGCGCUCCGGAGGUCAGCUUUGGCCCAAUGCCGACGGUCCCAUCGAGCCUCGUCGCCGAUUUUCCUCGAUUUUCUCGCUCCAACAACAUUAUACGCUCAGCGCCGAUAUGCAUCUACAACCGGACCAACACGGAGUUCCAAGCCUCGAUACGUCCUGAGUCCGAAGCAGCGCGAUUACCUCGAUAGCGCACUACGAGUUAAUCAAGCUGGUGAGCUCGCCGCCACCCUCAUCUACACGGCGCAAACUCCACACAUUGUCAGAUCCCAUCCUCAUCUUCGGCCCUUGAUGAAACACAUGUACGACCAGGAGGCAGGACACCUUAAGACUUUCAAUCACCUCGUUGCCAAGCACCAAAUCCGACCCACUGCCAUGUACCCCGUAUGGGAGGUAGCAGCUACCUUCUUGGGUUGGUCCACAGCUGCCCUGGGCCGUGAAGCGGCUAUGGCGUGCACUGAAGCGGUGGAGACGGAGAUUGGUUCGCAUUACAAUGAUCAGGUCCGGGAGAUUCUGUCAUGGGAGGCGGAUGCGGAGCGUCGAGGAGAGGAGUUGGAUGAUGAGUUGAAGGAGAUGUUGGCUACAUUCCGGCGAAUUCGCGAUGAGGAGUUGGAGCACUUGGACCAUGCGGUAGCCCAUGAUGCUAAGGAAGCGAAGCCAUAUGACCCGCUUGUGGACAUGAUUCGUUUAGGGUGUCGAACUGCUAUCAAGAUCAGUGAGAAGGUUUGA